AUGCUCAGACAAUCAUCCAAGUUGAUUAAAUCAGUUGCCUCUAAGAAUUUGAGAAUCACAUCUCUUCAAACUAGAUUCUAUGCCUCUGCCACUUCGGAACAUGUUAUUUCCAUCAAGGAUGAUGAUCAUUUCAUUAAACAUUUGAAGGAAACUACAAAGCCAUUCAUUAUUGAUGUUUAUGCUGAUUGGUGUGGACCAUGUAAAAUGCUUGGACCAAUUCUUCAAAAUGUAGUCACUGAACAUAAUGGAAAGAUUGAACUUGUUACCAUUAAUUCUGAUAACUUGCCAGAUCUUGCUGGAGAACUCGGAGUGGAAGCAUUGCCAACUCUCUUCUUUGUUCAACCAGGUGGUAAAUUUGUUUACAGACAUGUUGGAUUUGCCGAUAAAUCAAACAUUCAAUCUCUUGUCAAGAAGCACUUGCUUGAAGGUCAAUAA